GAUUUUUCAGCCAAGUGGGUUCUGUAUAGUUUUUAAAUCAUUGAUUUGGUAAUGCAAGCCUUCAGAUUGAAGAAUUUGGGGUGUUUCACCCGUACAUCCAUACCCAUAUGAUCAUUUUUUGUAACUUGCAUAGAAAAACUCAUCAUUUUCGUUUGGGAUCCAUAGGUACAAACAGAACAGUUAACUUUCAAAAGUGUACUUUUGGUCACGGAGUUCAAUUUCUUCACUCUUAACAGUCAACUCCUGUAAUAGUUUUGACGGUGGUGGAGUGGCACUUGUACAGAACAAUGAGUAGAUUUUGUUUUUUUUUUUCCCCCCGAAGCGAUAUUAUGAUUAAGAAGAGGCAACUAGGCAAGCUUAGGUAGCUCCCUCAUGGCGUUCCGCAGAAUCAGCCAAAAAAGAGAAAGGGAACGUAAGAAAAGAAGCAAAAAGGGAAGAUUCCAGAAAAUGAGGAGGGGGUUUCUGCGACACUAUUCCUAAGGAAGCUGAAAUCCCAGAAUCUGAUCGAUUGGUAGCCGCUUUGACGAGGGGUUGAUGAAUAUUGAGGUGCCAUGGAGACGAGAAUGAAGAAAUACAACCAACUGAGUCCCGAGAGAGCUAAGGUGUGGACUGAGAAAUCGCCCAAAUACCAACAGACUCGGAAGGUGCCUGUGAUUUACUAUCUAUGCAGAAACAGGCAGCUCGAGCAUCCUCAUUUCAUGGAAGUUCCACUGUCAUCCCCCGAGGGACUGUUCUUGAGAGAUGUGAUUAACAGGCUUAACGUUCUCAGAGGAAGAGGCAUGGCUACCCUGUACUCUUGGUCUUGUAAGAGAAGCUACAAGAAUGGAUUUGUUUGGCAUGAUCUCUGCGAAGAUGACCUAAUUCUUCCGGCCCAUGGAAAUGAGUAUGUUCUCAAAGGCUCCGAGCUGUUUGAAGAGCUCACUUCUAGUAAAGACCCUUUCAGUUCCAUCGGCAAUGUGAGUAUUCAGCCACUGAAGCAAUUACCUGAUCCAGCAUCUUCCCAGAGUCAGGAUGAUUCUUCAUCAUCUUCAAGCAUGAAUGGAAAAGAAAUGAAAAAUUCUCAAGUCGAUGACCUUUCGUUGACUGUCCUUCGACCUGGUUCAUCAGGCAUGUCUCCUGAUUCUGGAGGUGGAAAGAGUUCAUGGGGUGGUUGUCUCAGCUUGACAGAAUACAAGGUGUACAAGACUGAUGGCUUGUCUGAUGCAUCCACUCAGACUGAGGAAAAUAUUAGCAGACCUAAAACUCGAGAAACUUGUACAAGGGGAGUUUCAACAGAUGAUGGGUCCCUAGAUCCGGACAAUGAUGCUUCAAAUCAAAAGAAAAACUAUAAUGCCCCUCCGGAGUCGGUUUCUCCACCCCCAUUGUCCUCUAGUGCUUCCUCUUCAGGAGAGAAGACUGAAACUUUAGAGUCUCUUAUCCGAGCCGAUGCUAGUAAAGUCAACAGUUUUAGGAUUGUUGAAGAAGAAGAAAUUCGGAUGCCAACCAAUGCAAGACUCAAGGCUACAAAUGUGUUAAUGCAGCUCAUCUCGUGUGGAUCAAUAUCAGUAAAGGAUCACAGUUUUGGACUCAUUCCAUCCUACAAACCAAGGUUUUCUCACUCCAAAUUUCCCUCCCCAUUAUUCUCUACUACAGUGAUGUUGGGAGAACUCAACUGCCUGUCUGAGAAUCAUAGGAUGAUGGGUUUGAGGUUGGAAGACAAGGAAUACUUCAGUGGUAGCUUGAUUGAGACUAAAAUGCUGCAAGGGGACGGGCUUACAACUCUAAAACGAUCAUCUUCGUACAAUGCUGACAGGACAUGUAAGCAAUUGAGUUCAACUGAAGACAAGGAUGGGUCGACCUCUGGCCGCUCAAAGUGCAUUCCACGGGCUAUUAAAGCUUCACUAAGCAAGCAGCCACGAAAUGAGCCAAUGAAAUCUCCUACUUCUGAUAGACCAAGAAAUUCUAAUGGAGUCGAUAGCUCUCAGACCACAAGCCCCACUGCCUCUAUUGACAGCAGUAAAAGGAUUACAGAGCCUUGCUCCACGAGGAAACAGUCUAAGAGGCUAGAUUCCUUUCGAGAAGAGGAAGAGGACGUGAUCAAGAUCGAAGAAAGGCUUGCUUCAGGAGCUCGGGUUAUAAUCUGGUCUAAAUCAACUUGCAACAGCACGGAUGUUAGCAGUACCUAAAGCACGCUUGAUCUUACUUUUGAUCAGAUCUUCAUCGAAUUCUAUUGAUAUUGAUAACUUGUGGGUGGGUCCUUGAUGAUCCUGCAUAUCUCUCGAGUGUAAAAAGGCUAAAACCACCAUCAUUCAGCUUGAGGUGCCCGGCGUUUGGCGGUGGACCAACUCAGAGAUCUUGAGGGCUGGUUGCCUUUGCUUGUCAGGUCAGCUAAUAUCAAAUGACAAAAUUGUAACUUUCCUUUAAACUACAGUUACAAUCACUUCUUUUUAUGAUUCCUUCUUUAGCUUUAGAAUAGUUUCUGCAGACAGAGAGUCUAACAAAAAAAAAGCUAGGAAUAAAAUGCCUGUAAAUAAUUGCCUUUUGUUUGAAUGAAAUGGGUCAUGGUCCCUUUUUUCUUCAU